AUGUGUCCCAUUUCUGAGAACAAUAUUGCCUUGUGGUGCAAGAAGCAUGCAGAUGGAGAAGGUAGAGAUGACCCUAAAUUUGAGGGUCUUGCCCCUUGUGCAGUGACAUGCUCAGAAGGGGACGACGACGACGACGAUGAUGGAGACUAUGACUUUGCUCCGGCUGCAUAA